UGGGAGGCAGAACCCAAUCUCCUUGCUGCCUGGACACCAGCACGAAGCGUAAACGAAAGAAAGAGUUUUGUGUUACAUUUCCCCAGCUCGGUUGGAUUUUUAAAUUAAAGGCUGGCCGAUUGCAUCAACCCUGGGUUUAUUGUUUUGUUGGUGGGUGGAGGGCAGUGCAGUUAGUAUAUCGGAUUUGAGCGGGUUUGUAUUCACCCAGAGAGAGGGAGAGACCCUCACUCCAAACGGAGAUGUCUUCCACAGGGGAAGUUGGUGGAAAAAUGCAACGUUCAAAAGGCUUGUCAGGAAACGAUAGGAUCAGUAUGUUCCAUCGCGUGCUGGAGAGGAGAAUGAAUGCAAAUCUUAAAGAGGAAACGAAAUCACUACUGCACAGACUAUUCUUUCUGGCUAAAACUUCCCCCGAGCUGGUUAACAAAAGAGACCUGGGAGGUUACUAUGAAAACUUGUUCCAGAAACUCCAGCGCUCUCAUCAAGGAGAAGGAAUCACAGGUCUCCUAUUGCUAUAUUCUAGCCAUAUUAUUCAUGUGAUAGAGUCUUCCAGUGAUGUGUUAUAUUCAGUGAUCGGGGAUCUAAAAGAUAUGCAGCAACAACAAGAAAGAGCUUUACUUUUGGAACCCAAAAUUCUGUUGAUAUCUCAUAACAUUCCAAGCAGACUCUUCCAGCAAUGGGAAUAUAAUGUCCUGAAUAUCACUGCAAAACGUCUGGAUGAUACUUUACAGGGGGAACCAAUUGAAAAGGUCAUCAGUGAAUGCCUAACUUUGCUUAUUAAACUGGGAAUACACAUGCAAAAAACAUAUAAGGAAUUCCCCAAUAAGCCAAUCAGUUCUGUGCUGGACAAUGUGUCCGAAUUGAUUGUCCCCCAGGAGCUGAUUCGACGUCUCCUGAAAUCAAAUGAACUUUUAACUCCUCACCAAUUCUUGGACAUUUACAAUGCUCCCUUAAGUGUGAUUAUAGAUUCAGGAAAUGUUUUUGGAAGCACCAACAUGACAACUGUUUAGAGUGUUCUCUGACAGAAGAACUUGUAUGGCCCAAGCCGGAACGUUUACUGCCAGAGAGCAGGAAAUGAAAGUUAAACAUGUUUGGUUUGGAUAUAUACUGCAGUUUCAUCAGUGAUGGAUGUUGUGCAGUUUUGUUCAGAAAGUGCAUGGAUUGGCAAGAACUGUUAAUGUAAGAAACUAGAACGUGGAUCACACUCCUAAACAAUAAAUGAAUGCUGUUGUCAAUCCAUUU